GUAGUGAUCGAGGUGGCCGACCGCUCAAUCUUGCCGAAACGACCGAGUCGCGCAAUAAAACCGAGCGCGAAAGUCCGCGAAGCGACGCAGUCAGUUGAGGAUACGGCCACCACGUCGAGAAGAACCAUAAAUAGUAUUACGCCGAGUACCGCAUCGAAAGGAACACCCGGAUUGGGAAGCGGGAGCGGAACCAAUGGCCAGGCUGAAGCGGGUAAAACAGCGCUCCAGACCCUUCUAGAGGCAAUUGAUGAACAGCAAAACAAGACACGCGAGACAAUUACCGAGCAACGAAACAUGAUUUGCGAACUGUGCAACGUGGUCAGCAAGCAGCAAGACGCGAUCCAACGGCUCUGUGAAGAGCUGAGACAAGCCCGCGAUAUGGUCAGCAAACAGCAAGACGUGCUUCAGCAGCUCUCUGAGGAAUUGAGACAAGUCCGAGACCAAAUAGGCACCGUUGCACAAAAC